AUGCUAGUUGCAAGUACCACACCCAAUGAGCUUCGUCUGGACGUUGUUUCGAACGUAAGUGACGUUUUGGUAACGAGUACAAACGAGUUGAGCAUGGAACAAGAAGAAGGAAAAGAAGAAGAUUAUGCAGAAAAUGAAGAAGAGCAGGACUGUGUUUUGAUCGUCAGGAAAGACCACGUAGAAGCUGAGAUGGAGAUGGAAGAAGCUGAGGAAGAGGUGGAGAGUUUGGAGGAAAUAGCAAUGGGUUUGGAGGAAAAGAAGGAGGUUUUUGAGACUAGCAAAGAUGAGCUGAAGGAAGAGAAGCAGGAGCAGGAGGAGGAGCAAGUGUCGUCGACACGUACUGCAACUGCAAGGGGUGGUGAGUCGACUUUGAUUAAGCGACGUCCAUUUGUUCCGUUGGUGUCCAAGAGUUGGCGCAUGCGAGCGAUGGAGUCCAAUACACAUAUUACACGCCUUAUGAAGGCAGCGUUACUUCAGACGCUGCUGCACGCUAUUCGCAUUGGAUCGGUGGAGGGGGUAAUGGUCGCGAUUGAGCGUGGAGUGCAGGUACAGUAUCUGGACAGUCGUCAACGCAAUCUUGUAAUGCUGGCAUCCAAGUGCGACACAGAAGCUCGACUUCAUAUUGUAGUAAUUCUACUAGACGCUGGCUGUGAUAUGAACCACAAGGAUCAGCUAGGCUGGAGCUGUCUGCAUUACGCUUGUGCAAGUGGAGCUAUCAAUGUGGCUGCAGAGCUCAUUCGUCGUGGAGCUCGCGUCGAGUUUAAUCCAUACGGUUAUGGCCCUGAAGAUUUUAACAUUCCGAAGGUGGCGCGUGCAAAAAGUCUGCUGCAACACACGGAGCAGCUACACCACGAACAAAAUGUCUGUGCUGCAUGGACAUACUUUCGUCGUCAGGCUGAAAAGUCUAACUACAGUAUUAAGUGCAAAUCGAACGGCGAUCUUGGCAAGCCACUGAAGAUCACGUUUCAAGCCCCUGCUGGGCAUAGCCCUCUGGACCGUCUCCGUGUGGUUGAUAUGAACUCGGAUGUGGCUCUAUGGCUACAAGUUUCCAAGACCUUCAAUGUUCCGCCUGGUGAUGUGGGUACGAUCACGUUAGAUGUCGAGACGCUUGAUCAUCCAUCGUUGUAUCGUAUCGUUUACGAGAAAUAUGAGCCCACACCUAUUCAAUUACGACAUUCGGCUGCUGAAAACAGCUUAUGCGUCAGGAACUUAGACACAGGAACUUCAAUGUUGAUGGGCAACGUCAACACACUGGUUCUAAGGGAGCUCCAGAGCUCUCGAUUGUCGAAGAAAUCGAAAAAAUUGUCGAGUUCAGCCAGACCAGCUCCAAAGUCGGACAAAUCUGCGAAUGCGGUUCGAAGAGGAUCGACAACUCGAGCACGGGAGAUCACUGACAAGGACCGUGAAGCUUCAGUGGAAGAAGACGAUGACGAAAAUGCUGAUUCAGGUGAUGAAACAAUCACGACGCAGGAGUUGGCUGAGCACCCAGCGAUGACGAGCAUUACCGGUGUGUAUAAGAUUGUGGCUAUGGGUGUUGUCAGUGUUUCCACGCUGGUAACUGCAAAGGCGAACGAAUACGUAAUCUCUAUUUGCCGCGAGGGUCCGCUUGGUCUCCAGUUGGCGCCCCAGAUUGACAGCUUGAAAAGAUCCCCGCGUCUUGUUGUGCGGCGUAGUCAGGGCCAAACGGCAGCAGUGAACCCGGGCGAUUGCCUUGUUGCGAUUGGUAACGCUAAUAUUGAGCAUGCUGGUCUCAAACACACGCUAUGGGCACUGAAUGAUACGAAACGGCCGCUUGUCCUUCGCUUUCGACGUGGAAAUGCCAAGGAGAAAAAGAGUAUGUUUGAGACUGGUCUAUCCAUGCUUACUGGAUCUCGUAAACAAGCCGUUAUUUCAGUGUAG